CCCAUUUCACUUUUUUCGGUUCUUCCCGUCCCCACUCCCCAAUUUACUCUUCUUCACCCCCACGACCCAUUUCACUCUUCUUCAAGCUUCACUCAUAUUUUUUGGUUGUAUGAUAUUUCUUUUUUCUAAACAAUUAUUCUUAAGCUAAGCAGCAAAAAAAAACUUUUAGAUUAUUUGAUUUUUUAGUUUUACCUUCUUAAAUGGAAGCGGGAAGCUUGAUGCCUUGAUCUAUUCUUUCACCAGAGAUGAAGCUCGACGGACAGAAGACUUCCACCCAAGAGCUUUGUUUUUCCAGCUCUUCCCCUUACCGAUUGAUUUUUGGUAAGAUAUAUGGGUAUUUGAUGUUCUACUGUCCACUAAAUAACCUCUGUUUUGUAAGCUACUAAGCUUGUAAGUUGUAAGUCAUUUUUUUUCUUUCUUUUCACUUUUCAGUAUACUUUUGGCUUGAAUUGAAUAGAGAUUGUUUAUUUCUUUUGGCUUUUGCAGACCGUAACUUGCAGGGAAUAUAUUCCCUUCAUUUUCAUUUUUGUUUUUUAUACGGUUUAUUGCAAUUUUGUUUUUGUCUUGGAAUCUCGGUUGAAUAACGGUGGUUGCGUCUCGUUAUCGAGGCAAUCGUCUGUUCCUGUUAAAUUGCGGGCGCAAUCGACCGAGAUUGACGUGAAUCCGUGACCUACGCGAGAUAUUUUGAAUAUUCCUACUGUUCUAUCGGAAAAGUCUAAAAUUGCAUUCAUGUUCUUAACUCCAAGUUCACUUCCUUUGGAGAAGCUUUGGGAUAUGUUCUUCCGUAUUCAACAGUGCAGCGAUUUAUUGUUUGAGAAAUACUUGAAUGAGUGGCAAGGGACAUACAGGAGAAAUGUUUUAUAUAGCCAUAUCGUCUGCAAUUAUAGCAGAGAACGUCUGGAUAUCCACAAACUCUCUGGACUUUGCACAGAGCAUGACACUUCUUCUCAGGUUUCAAAUCCAAUCGUAUAUCCAAAGAACCAUGUACUCUCAUGGAACCUCCGGUGAGCAAUCAAAUUACUACUCGAGGUCCAGGGGUCUACGAGUUUUACUAGUCGAUGAUGAUGAGAUAAACAGAAUGGUGACCAAGAAGAUGCUAGAAAAGUUGGGUUGUGAAGUGACAGCCGUUUCUACUGGAUUCGAAUGCCUUAGUGCAUUCAGCCAUGCUGAAAAUUCUUUCAGAGUUGUUGUUUUGGAUCUUCACAUGCCUGAAAUCUAUGGGUUUGAAGUGGCGACGAGGAUCCGUAAGUUUCGCAGCUGUAAUUGGCCAUUGAUUAUAGCCUUGACAGCUAGUACCGAGGAUAAUGUGCAGAAGAGAUGCGUGCAAAUAGGAAUGAAUGCAGUUCUUCAGAAACCUGUUUUAUUGCAAGCAAUGGCAGCCGAGCUUCAAAGAAUUUUGCAUCGGGCCAAACCUUUGUAGGCAGAACCUCUGUUCGAUGCUUGGCUCGCAGGUAUGGGGAUCAUUUACCCGUCAGCUCACAAAGAUCUUUAACUUAGCAUUUGCUUCUGUUAUUCCAUGGUAUACCAACAUGUAGGCAAUGAAUUUUGCUAACAGAUUUGCUCAUCGAACAUCGUAGCCAGAACUCCAUGGAACAACUCGAGGUAAAAUUACAUGUACACUUAUUGAAUACCAAAAUGAAAGAUAGUGUGAUAUUUAUGACACUGAAAAAUGUAUGGGAAGUAAUGCAUACGAUCAAUUCCUUUUGUUUCUAUGGUGAAAUCAAUUGAUUAUUGAAAACUUAAUUUCAA